AUGGAUUCGAGUGCAGAAUUAGAGCGUGAAGCAAGGGAACUUAUCUCGACAAUCAGGGAGAAGCAUACCACCGUGGGAUAUGAAGAGCUCGCCGUGAUACUGAGUGAUUUACUAGAUCUCGCUGCGUCGGACUUGUACGAUACGUCAACGCACUUUCUCCUUGAGUUGCUGCAGAAUGCCGAUGACAACCAGUAUCCCUUGUUAUCAGUUCCUACCUUAGCAUUCACUUGUAGAGAGAGCACAGGUAGUCUCCGGGUCGACUGCAAUGAAACCGGCUUUGAAGCUAAACAUGUCAAGGCCAUAUCUACAGUUCGCCGUAGCACCAAGAGUAACAAGAACCACUCCGGGGGCUACACUGGUGAGAAAGGAAUCGGAUUCAAGAGUGUUUUCAGAGUUGCCGAAAGAGUCUGGAUAUCGUCACGCCAAUACCGCUUCAUGUUCGACAAGAAGGAACGGUUCGGCAUGAUCGCCCCCAAAUGGGCAGAGUUUCCGGAGGCCGUUCUUCCGGCCCAGACGUCCUUUUAUCUCGAACUGUCCGAGGCCAACGCCUCGGAAGAUCUGACGAAGGAACUUCGUAACUUUGAUGCCACCCUUCUCGUGUUUCUCAGGAGAAUACGUCAGGUCGUUUUACGUAUACAUGGCAAAGACAAUAAACGAUGGGAGAAACAUCUGCGUAAAACGCUAGUUCUGGAGGACGGUGAAGCAGUCACAAUCGUCGACGUGGAUCAAAGCCAAUUGCGGUACCGCACCUUCACUUACCAAGUAGAGAAUCUCCCUUUUGAGGAAAAACGGCCAGAAUCUCGGACUUCAGAACUCACCCUUGCUUUUCCAACCUCGAGCUUCCCCGCCCAGCCGAGUCGGGGCCCUCGAUACGUUCAUGCGUUGUUGCCAUUCUUGCUGAACGGCGACUUCUUGCUCACCGCAGACCGAUCACAUAUUGACGUUUCAUCGCCAUGGAACCAGUCACUGCGAAGUGGUCUGGCUGCCGCCUUCGUCCAAGCCGUCCAAAAAUUCAGCCAAGGCUCGAUGAAGUACUUCUGGCCGUUCUUUGUACCUAACAGCCAGGUCUCUAGUUUCUUUCAACCCUCUCGAGAAAUGAUCUUGCAAGAUUUAGCCGAAAGAGCGGUCCUAGAGGGCUGGGACGGGACAAUGCUUAGACCGUCUAACCUUAUCUAUGUCAGUCCCAGCAAAUACGCGGAUGAGGACAAGCGCCCCUUUACCCUACACCAGCACACAAUUAGCCGCUAUCUAUCUAUAAAAUAUCCUGAGUGGUUGAUAGAUUCACUUUUGGAUCUCGGGGUCCGUAGCAUGUCUGAUGAGAUACUUUUGAAUGAUCUCGCGUCCAUGGUAUCCAAUUAUCCAGGUCAAGUUCGGCGGCGGCCCCCUACGUGGCAUUCGCAGCUCGCAAAGGUUCUUCUGCCUCUAGCACAAGUUGCAAGCCACAAGGAGACUCUGGCAACACUAGCCAUCAUACCGCUGUCUGAUGGAACAUGGACGUCAGCAGAUCAGCAGCCGGUCUUUUUCAGCGAGGACUUAGAUCUAAAGAGCUUCGGGGUGCUCAACGAGAUACUUAUUAUAGAUCCAGUGGCCGCAGCCGACGACAAUCGACGAGGUCUAUUUCAGAAGCUUGGCAUCUCAGAAAUCGAUCGACCAGACAUGUGUUUUAAAAUCGCCAAGUUGCAUGCAUCUACGUCCUUCAACCCUCAAAGAAUAACACGAACAAACCUCAUCUCGCACGCCACAUUCUUAUUUCAGGCCUCUUGGAGCCCAGAUUUUGAUGUGGAUCUCUGGUUUGCUACAUCUGAUGGCGGAGUUUGUAGGGGUUCAGAAUUAUAUAUUCGGGGCGACUUCGAAGAUGGGUCGCCAUCUGCGAGGGUAUUCGAUAAACUUCGAAAAGAAUUCCCGACGGCUCAUAAGGAUUAUCUCUCUCGAAUAACUAGUGCGUCUCCCUACAAGAAAUAUCCGGACACGAUAUACUGUGAUACAGACACCCCUGAGGAGCUAGGGCUUGAUGGCACAUCAAACAACGAGCUACAUUUCUCAGAUACCGCCGAAGAUCUAAAUCAGAAGUCAGCAACCGUAACGAUCGUAGAUACUUCUACCUCGGAUAUGUUUACCUUCGAUUCCGUUUACGAAGCUAGGGCUGUCGACACACGUCAACCUGCCACGAGUACCAAAUCGAAUGCACAAAGACAUUUUUCGCUCCUUGAUGAAUCAUAUUUCGAGAAUUUAAUUGUUAAAGAAAAGCAGUCCUUUAGAUCAUACCUCAUCAGCACCCUGCACUUAUCAGAGAUUCCGCGGCUUGUGCGUGAGUCAAUAGGUGUCGCAAAGCAGAGCUAUUUCCUAUCAGAAGAAUUCAAGUUUUUGUUCAAAGAAUGUCCCGUGUCCGACGUGCUCUAUCUUCUCAGCGAGCAUUGGAACAUCUACUCCGAGUGGAUCGAAAUGAGUUCAUCCAAGCGACAAGAUCCUAACAUAGUAGAUUCCAAUAAGAAACUGCUUAAUGACAUUGCAGACAGUAUUGUACGCACGCUACAUGGGCUCUCGCCUAUCCGCAACACCGUCCUCCCCUCUCUAGACCCUCGCAUCAUGGAACUACAAAUUCCAAUACCUAUUUUGGAUAUAGACGGUUCCGAAGACCAGUCAUUGCGUAGGAAGCUGGGUUGUCUGGGCAUUAAGGUUGAUGCUGACAUCCACUACUACCUGUCCUGUUUGGCCUCACUCGGUUUGCAACAAGGUUCGCCAGAUGACGAUGCAAUUUUGUAUAUAUACGAACAGAUCCAGUAUCGUUACGAGGAUAACGAGGAGGCCGUACAGAAUUUAUUCGACCGCAACGCCUUCAUUUACACGGGCCCUGCGCAAUCAAGUAGUCGCAAAUCCCAUUCAUGGCUCACCAUUGCGGAAUGCAGAAGGAGGAAGAUUGAUCUUGGGGCCAUCUACCCUACUUGCAAGGGAUUUUUCUUGUGGCUGGUCGAUGUCGAUACCUUUGAAAUCGACGUCGUUGUCGCCAAGGCAGCCUCGAUUGGCCCUUCGUGGACUUUACCUCGCAUUCUGGAGGUCUUUGCCGAGCUUAGCUGCGCUCUGCGCCCCAUGAGUCCUGCAGCGGCCAGACGCUCUGUGCGGCCUCUUCGGGGGAAAGCAAUAUUUCCAGUAAAUAGGUCGAACCAAAUGGCCUCUUAUGUAUUCCGUUCUUCGGAAGAUACUUCAUGGUUUAUCGCGGAUCGCCCCCACCUGGUAGGAAGUUUUGCUGGCAAAGUGCCCCUGUUGGCUCUGGCUGCCGAAGAGAUUGAGUCAAUAAGCCCCCUUCUCGUAGCGAUGGGACUUCAUACUCGACAACUAAAUGGAAUUGUCGAAAGGACUUAUUAUCCUUUAGGAAACCCCAUGGUCUCUUCGUCUGAUGCUCAAUUUUUUCACGCUCGACUUGCGUUCGUAAAGGCUUUAGUCCCCAAGUCCGAGAAAGACAUAGACUCGAUAUAUCGCCAGUUACACACGAUAACAAUCAAUGUUACAGAGAGCAUUUUUCAAGUGUACACGAUCAGAUAUAAGGGCGAGUUCAAGUGCGCCAGUCACACGACCGAGUGCGAGGCGGCACUAAUCCCAUGCCAAACACAAGAUACUUUGACGAUAUACAUCGCAAAGAAGAAUUAUAUCCACCGGCAACUGCCCUUCGAACUAAUCGACAUGAUCGCGGCACAUUGCCGGAUCACAGACCAUCGAAGUUCGAGUUUGCUCUACGCAGCCCUAAGGGAACCUAAUACUAGAAAGGUCCGAAAUAUGUUUGCAGCCAAUGGUUAUUAUUUGGAUUCCCUUGAUGAAGAAAAUACAGAAUCACAAGCAAACGAGACCGAGAUGCGCUAUCAGUCUCGAUCAGACGACAGCCUCGCCAUCACCCGCCCCAUCUGGCAUGUGGGGGAUGGCGGUGACGAAGAUAAGCAGCAAGGAAGAGAUAGAAGGCGUUGGCUAACCGAGGAGAGACACGAAGAUAGGCGAAUCCCUUUGAUGUCCUUCUCACAGUUAGGCACGACUAUCAUUGAGGACCCCGUUCAUGAGCAAGGACUUUUAUUCAUGAGCCAUUCGCUGGACCCAAGCCAACAUAUCGAGUAUUUAGGACAGAAGCUUGUAAGUAGCUACCUUGUUACCAACCGAGCUCCACAGACCGUGAAGCAUAUGGGGAGUUCCUACGACCCCAUCAUUCACUGGACAAGUGUGCUGCGCGCGAGGGCCGGUCUGCCGUCUUUCACAGCUGAAGACCAGUUGGCACCCUUCACAAUGAGCGAUCCAUUGGCGUCAAUGUGUGUGACAGAUCUCAUGUUAAGCCUGGGUAAGCUUCCAGUGGGCGCAGGAGACGCCGCUGCGUGGCGUGGUAGGCUACCACGCUAUCACUUUGAAAUAGCCGCUUCUGAGGGCGACAUGGAUUCAACAUUUGUUUGGACUUGGUGGCAGCUUAGGAGGAUACAAAAGUUUCGAUUUAGGGAAACCCUACGCCGCCAUUUUGAUGUUGCGGUCCUUGUUCGAAUCAGCAGCGUAUUCGAGGAUCCGCAGUUCUGCUUUAUCAUAGAUCCAUGGCACCUCGUCGUUUUUGAUCGACUACGCCUUACAGGAAACGUUAAGUCUCUCGCAACGAUCGAGGACAUAGCCUCGGUUGCAGACUUCCAGGAUCUAGGUAAGCUACAUGAUGCACUACGGCAUAACGAGACGGAAGACGCGGGCUUGGUUACUUUACCCUACCACCAGGCGCCAUGGGCUCACCGUCUAGCAGCAAAAGGGCGCGAUCACGACUCCAAGUUUACAGACGACCCUGACUUAGUAGUUGGCAAACAGUCUGAUCGCAUCGCAAGUCCUCUUAGCAUGAGCAGUAAGGUCCAUCUCCCGUUUUCUCACCAAAAACUCGGCGUCAAUCAUAUAAGACUAUUCAUGCUAUUCCCUGGCGAGAGUCGUAAUCCGCUCACCGGCAUGAUAUUCGAGUGCUCGAGUAUCGAGGACAGCGGCCCCUACAGAACACUUUCGUACGAAUGGGGCCCUAAUAACACCGCGACACGGCACCGUCUUUGGACGGCGGAUGGCUUCAUGGGCUUAGGCGAUUCUCUUAACGCCGCCCUCCGACGCCUGCGUCAUAAAACUAGCCCUACCGUACUAUGGGUCGAUGCAAUUUGUAUCGACCAGGCGAACGAGGAUGAGAAAGCAAAGCAAAUCCGAAUGUUGCCCAGAAUUUUUCAAACUGCAACCCGUACAAUGGCAUUCCUAGGCUCUAGCACACAGAGCGACAGCGCUAUAGAGACUCUGUUGCAGAUAACGGCCAAGGAGGCCUAUGAUUCUGCAUCGGGAAAUAACUGGCCAGAGGGACUAUCGCCCGUGCCCUUGUCUUGGGCAGAAAGAUCCACACCACGACUGGAUGACCCGAUAUGGCGGUCCAUCGCGAAGUUUUUCGAAAGUACCUGGUUCCGGCGGGUGUGGAUAGUCCAAGAAGUCGUAAUUUCCCCUAGGAUUUCUAUCGUGUGCGGAAAUUGGACGGUGAACUGGAACGAUAUCUACAGAGCCAUGGAUCUCGUCGAGCAAGAACAAGGUAGUAGCCUCGGGGCGUGGUCUUCCUCCUGGCAACCGUUCAUGACUCUGUCCUACUUGCGGGUACACGAAGCGUACCACCAACGAUACGAACUUUUGACGCUCCUGGACACCUUCCGCCACGUCGACUCCACGCUACGACGUGAUCGUUACUUUGCCUUGUUGGGGCUUGCCUACGACGGAAACGAAAAGGAAUUCGAGCCCGACUACCGGAAAAGCACCACAUUUGAAGAAAUCGCGUGCAGGUUUGGCCGCGGCUUUGUCAAGGGUGGUAGGGGCAUGGAUCUGCUAUACCGCGCAGGGCUGGGACCAAACUCGGAUCGUUUCCCCUCGUGGCUUCCGGAUCUGACAGUUCCCGGUACUAGCACUCUUCACGACCGCGAGGUUGAUUACAAUGCUUCGGGGGAUCUAGAAGAAUGGAUCGAGUGGCUAAACGGAAAUGUGUUAGCGAUAGACGGAUGCCACGUGGACGAGAUCGUGUCUAUCAGCAAGCACUCCAACUCAAAUAAGGGAAAGGAACGCGCACAAUACUUCAAGGAGGUGGACUCGAUGGUCGAUAGCCUGCGCCAGUUCUAUACACCAGAGCGCCUCGAGGAGUUGAAAUGGCAGGUGCCCGUGGCCGGCGCAUUGCGUCCAACCGCUGUCGCCCUCGUGGAUCUCUCUAUGCAUGACUCGUACAAGGCCUUUCGCGAGGUUCUAAGAAAGGCCGAGUUCAAGCGCGGCAAGGCUCAUAAGUACGUCCAACAGCCCGAGCUAGACGCCGGCGUUAUCAACGGACCGUUGGGUGAGGGAGCGACGCGGCGAGAGAAGUCCGCAGCAUAUAGCUCCCUGCUUAACGGCAGCAUCUGCGGCUGGAAAUUCGUAACGACAAAACGGAACCGCUGCGGUAUCGUACCAGGCACGGCUCAAAUUGGAGAUCGUGUGAGUAUCCUCUCCGGCGGCAACAUUCCGUUUCUGCUGCGCAAGAGUAGGACAAGGGCAUACUGCUACUCGCUUGUUGGUGGCUGCUAUAUUGAUGGAAUCAUGCAGGGAGAAGCCGUGGAAUUUCCCGGGUUUAAGGAAAAGACAAUUCACGUCUGUUAA